AUGAAGGUUCUCCUGUUUAUUGCUCUGCUGGGAGUAACCACCGCUGACCAACGUCCUCCUUCAAGUUACGGAGCCCCAAAUGGAGGUUUCGGUAAUGGGUUUGGUGCCUCAAAUGGAGCCCCGAGUAAUGGUUAUAGAGCUCCCCCAAGUAACAGGUAUGGUCCACCAACAGGUUCUUAUGGACUAGAUCCGGAGCUGGUUGCUCUGCAGGAGAACAUCCCCGGAGGUGGCGUCCCAGGUGAAGAUUACCCAGUCUUGGCUUCUCCACCAGACACUGGCUUCUCUUGUGAUGACCAGGCAGUGCCUGGUUAUUACGCUGACACUGACCCUGAAGCCAGCUGCCAGGUAUUCCAUAUUUGCCAGGACCGUGCCCUCAGACGUCAGAAGGACUCAUUCCUGUGCCCCAACGGUACCAUCUUCAACCAGCAGUACCUGGUGUGUGACUGGUGGUUCAACGUAGACUGUUCUCAGGCUGAGAACUUCUAUUCCGUCAACGAACAGAUUGGUGUCGUCCCCAGUGCAGGCUAUGGUUAUGGCCCCAUUGCUAACAGUAUUUUUAAUGGAGUUGGUAAUGGUUAUAAUAAUGGUAAUAGGGCAAAUGGCAAUGGCAACCGAAGAAAUGGAAAUGGCGCAAAUCGUUAUGGAUCCAACGGAAAUGGUAGGAACGGGAAUGGUGCUAAUGGCAUUGGUAGGAAUGGGAAUGGAGUCAGCAACGGAUAUAGUGUUCCAGCUGCGCCAUCCACUUCCUAUGGAACUCAGUUUUAAAAUGUUAUAAUUAAAUUUUGCUUUUUGGCACUUGACUGUCUCUGAUUCUACGCAAUAAUGAAUGAGGAGUUAACUUCAUUCUUUUGUAAAUAUAUAUAUGAAUGGACGCAAAUUAAGGUGUAAUAAACAAGUGUAACUGUAUAAACAGAAGGGUGGACUACGGGCUCGUAGAUCUACUGUUAAAGCUCCUGGGC